CCAGCAGACACCAAAACCCCAAAUCUACGAAUACCAUUAACCCUUUUCUUCUUGCACGCUUUACUGCUUUCAAUACUGCAUGUUCUUUUUUUGAUUCAAUAACCAGACGUUUCAAUUGCCAACCUUGUCUUUCUCGGAGAUUUAUGGGUGUAAGACUUUGUUUGUUCGUUUGUUUGUAUUGUUUUUUUCCGUUCGACUGAUCUGAGAUAUAGUAUUUGUUGCUCAAUUUGUUGUUGUAAGUAGAAUUGUAUUUAAAUUAUGGGGAAUAGAGGUGAUUUUGAUGCGAGAAAGAUUAGAAAUAUAUGUAUAUUAGCACACGUUGACCAUGGCAAGACCACGCUUGCUGAUCAUCUUAUUGCCGCCUCUGGCGGCGGUGUACUUCACCCCGAAACUGCUGGUAGACUUAGGUUUAUGGAUUAUUUGGAUGAAGAACAAAGGAGGGCUAUUACAAUGAAGAGCUCUUCAAUAGCUCUGCGUUAUGAGGAUUAUUCAGUUAACCUCAUAGACUCUCCUGGUCACAUGGAUUUUUGUAGCGAGGUAUCUACUGCUGCUCGGCUGAGUGAUGGUGCAUUGGUUUUGGUUGAUGCUGUUGAGGGUGUUCAUAUUCAGACCCACGCUGUUUUGCGCCAAGCUUGGAUUGAGAAGCUGACGCCAUGUUUAGUGCUUAAUAAGAUUGAUAGGUUGAUUUCUGAGUUGAAGUUGAGUCCUAUGGAAGCACAUACUCGGUUGUUGAGAAUUGUUCAUGAGGUUAAUGGGAUUGUGAGCGCUUAUCAGUCUGAGAAGUACUUGUCAGAUGUUGAUUCUUUACUUGCUGGUCCUUCAGGAGAUGUGGGUGAUGAGAAUCUUGAUUUCUUAGAGGACGAGGAAGAUACAUUUCAACCGCAGAAGGGAAAUGUUGCUUUUGUGUGUGCAUUGGAUGGCUGGGGUUUUGGGAUUGAUGAGUUUGCCGAAUUUUAUGCGGCCAAGCUUGGUGCGAGUGUAGCUGCAUUACGGAAGGCGCUGUGGGGUCCCCAGUAUUAUAAUCCAAAAACUAAGAUGAUUAUGGGGAAGAAGGGAUUACUGAACCGGGCAGAUCCAUUUGUAGAAGUAACUGUAUCUUCUAGAGGGGAACAUGUACUGGCAGCUGCUGGAGAAGUCCACCUAGAAAGAUGCAUAAAGGACUUGAAAGAAAGAUUUGCAAAGGUAAGUCUGGAAGUUUCUCCACCUCUUGUGUCCUAUAAAGAGACCAUUGAAGGUGAGGAAUUUAAUCCAUUAGAUAGUUUAAAAUCAGUAAGUCGGAGCUCAGAGUAUGUUGAGAAGAUGACUCCAAAUGGAAGAUGUGUUGUUCGUGUGCAAGUCAUGAAACUACCUUCUACACUAACAAAGGUGCUUGAUGAAAGUGCUGAAUUGCUUGGAAGUAUUGUUGGAGGGAAGCCUGGGCAAAGCGUUAAGACCAUGGAAACCCAAAGAUCAAGCAUGGUGGAUAAUGAGAAUCCAAUUGAAGCAUUCAAGAAAAGGAUACUUGAUGCAUUGGACCACGACAUUUUUUCUGUUAAUGAAAGUGACAAGGAUCGAGUUGAGAAAUGUAAGGAUAAGUGGCUGGAGUUUCUUAGAAGGACCUGGGCAUUUGGUCCUAGGCAAGUUGGCCCUAAUAUCCUCUUCACUCCAGAUAGUGGAAGUAAUAACACAGAUUGCUCCGUUCUUAUACAGGGUUCUUCCCAUGUAUCUGAGAGGUUGGGCUUUGUGGUCGAUUCUGAUGAUCACGAUGUGGUUUCUGAGACAUCUUUUGAAGGAAAACCAUCAUUGUGCACGGAGGCACAGAGUCUUGAAAGCAGUGUGGUAUCUGGAUUUCAACUAGCUACAGCAGCUGGCCCCUUGUGUGAUGAGCCAAUGUGGGGGUUGGCUUUUAUUGUUGAGGCAUGUAUUUCUCCGUUGGAUAGACUGUCGAAUGAAUCUGAACCCAGCCAACAAUCUGAGCAGUAUGGUAUGUUCACGGGACAAGUUAUGUCAGCAGUCAAGGAUGCAUGUAGAGCAGCUGUUCUUCAGAAGAAACCCCGACUUGUGGAGGCAAUGUAUUUCUGUGAGUUAAACACCCCUACAGAAUAUUUAGGUCCAAUGUAUGCUGUGCUUGCUCGAAGGAGAGCCCGUGUCCUUAAGGAGGAAAUGAAUGAAGGCUCUCCACUUUUCACAGUUCAUGCUUAUGUGCCAGUUUCUGAAAGUUUUGGUUUUGCUGAUGAGUUGAGAAAAGGGACUUCAGGUGGUGCCAGUGCUCUCCUGGUACUUAGCCAUUGGGAGGCACUAGCUGAGGAUCCUUUCUUUGUGCCAAAAACAGAAGAAGAGAUUGAAGAGUUUGGAGACGGUGCUAGCGUGCUUCCUAAUACAGCUAGAAAGCUGAUUGAUGCUGUAAGACGGCGAAAGGGCCUCCCUGUAGAAGAAAAAGUAGUUCGGCAUGCAACUAAACAAAGAACCUUGGCUCGUAAAGUGUAACAGUUGUUUAUACACAGUUGUGAUAUUAGAUUCAAAAUUGAGAGGAACAUAUUGCGGCAUUUAUUUUGGUUAAUACAUAGUUUCAGUGGAGAUUACUUUGGUAUUUCCUUUGAGGUCCUCAUUGUUUUUGAAUGCUAAAGAUUCGCUAGAAGGAAAUUUUGGACGUUCCACUUGAAUGCAUUAUUGUCAGAAAGGAA